GAUUUAGUUUGAAGCCGAAGACGGGGGACGCGGAGUGACUCGGAGAAGUAGGUUGUUGAGGAGACGGCGCUAACGGGACCCAAGUCAGAGCCGACGCAAUAAAACGAGAGCCUAAGAUUUCAGACACGGACCCAAAGGCUCGCCUUCGACGCUGCUGUCGGUGACAGACUUUUUGUGAACGAGCUGAACGUUGACUGCUCUGAUGUCCGUGGACCGGCGUGGACCUAAAGGGACGGAGGAAUACUAGUUUGAUGCCUGGUGUCUGUUUUCCAUCACUUGGUUGUGGAGUACAGAGGGACGGUAGCCGAACUGCAGGAGUGAACAGGUCUAGCUAAUCGGAGUUGAUGCUAAAGCUGGGAGUGAGCCAUCAUGUUUUUAUAGCCCGAUGCUCAACAGAGACAUGGUGAGGAAGAAGAAUCCCCCUAUCAGGAGUGUUGGAGGUGAAGAGGAGGAGGAGGAAGAGGGGAAGAACCCAACGGGAGAAGAAGAAGAGGAAGGAGAGGAGGAGGAGAGAGUGGGAGCAGAAGCCGAUCGAAUAAACCGACCCUCAGAACCGGAAUCCUCUGAACGGAUCCGAGGAGAUGAGGAGAAGGACGAGGAGGAGGAGGCAGAGAACUUACAGACUGGACAGCGAAGUCAAACCAAAGACUUGGGGAAGACGAGAGCCGACGCUCAGACGCCGCAGCAAAGGACAGUCAUGAUGAACGGCACUUACGACAUACAGGUGACGUUAGGUGGCACGCUAAUAGGAAUUGGCCGCAAAACGUCUGAUUGCCAAGGAAACACUAAGUACUUCCGCUGCAAGUUCUGCAACUUUACAUACAUGGGCAGUAAUUCCUUGGACCUUGAACAGCAUUUUUUGUCCUCACAUCCCAACAAAGUCAAAAGUCCACCAACCACCCCGCUGCUGGCUGUCAAUAACCUGUCAACGCACGACCACCAGUUAAAAGGUAGAAGUCAAAUCUCAGAUGGGGCCGAGCAAGUGGCAAUACGAGCAGAGGAUGACUCUUUGGUCGGGUACUUCAUCCCAGUCAGGGGGUGUUCAGACUCACCGGGCUGGGCAGGGGAAACUAGAAGGGGAGCUGUAGGAGGAUAUUAUUGGUGUAAAUUCUGUAGCUGGAGUUGCGAGUGGUCUGAGGGUUCGGUGAAACUUUUAGAGCACUAUGAGCAAAGACACAGAGUGGGCGCAGGUGGCGCUACAAGCCCCAAAAACUUGACUCUUGCUGGAACGGACAGAGAGAGGGAAAAAGGGGGACGAAAAGAUGGAGGCGAUCACAUGGCAUCCAAAGGACGUAAAGACCAGUUGUCCAACCCGUUCACCACCAGCCAAGGAGACUCAAACAGCAGUGAUUCUGAAGCCGUUGUGACCAGCUAUAACUGCCAGCUGUGCGAUUUUCGUUACUCGAUGGCGCACAGUGCGGAUGUGAUCAUUGUGGCUCCAUUGCUGCUGCACUACCAGCACAAUCACUCCAUCCAUCGCUGCUGCAUUCAACACUGCGCAUACUGUCCUCAGGGCCUCUGCCAGCCACAGAAACACCUGGGGGAGGUGUCCCACCCGUUUGCUUGUCGGAGGUCUACCUGUCCUAAAUGCUGUUCAAAGUUUCCUCAGCUCACCAAACAGCAGGAUGCCAUCAGUUCCAAACCCGCCACCUCCACCUCACCGAGUGCGACCCCUCCUAACCCAAGAGGUGACCCUGGUGUGACUUCUAAUUCAACCUUUCACCCCUCUAACCCAGCACAUCCUGUUGUCACACAAGGCGUCACCCACUUGUGCGAUCAGUGCGCGUUUGCUACCACUGACAUCGAUGUGUUGCUGCAACACUAUGAAGGCUGUCAUACCCUGAUCAACCUAAAGGGGGCAGCCCCACAGGUCAAGUCUGAGGAGGAAGGUGGGGGAGACAAGGACAGAGCGAGAGGAGCGGGAGAGAGGCAGUACUCGUGUACGAAGUGCAACUUUAUCACAGAAGUGGAAGAAGAGCUUUUUAGACACUACAGGCGUGUCCACGCGUGUUGCCGUUGUCGACACUGUGACUUCACGGCACCGGAUUCGUCAGCCCUCCUCGAUCAUUUUAAUUCUGCCCAUUGUCACGAGUCCUCUCCCACAUUAGGCUCCUUGCCCACCUCACUGACACCUUCGCUAACUCUGUCAGCCAAUGGCUGCUCAGCUCCCUCUACCUUAGCCAUUAAAGAAGAGAGCAAAGGGGACUUUCGCCUCCUCUACUCCCUCGCACCACCUGAGGGACGCUUGGCAGAAGGAGGCAGGGAGGAGGCAGGUGGGGUGGUAAAAAGUGAGGGAGCCGAGGAGAAAGAGAGAGAGCGGGAGAAAGGCUGGGUUCUUGGUGAGACAAGAGGACAGGGUGAAAGAGGAGGCGAGCAGGCCCACGGUUUACUCUGGGUGCCCAAGGAGCGAAUGGGACCUGAACGAGGGGUGGAAAGAGGAGCAGGAGGUGGGAGUCCCUCUUUAUUCCCUUCCCCACUCUCACUGUCUUUUGUUUCAGCCAAUCAUGAGGCCCCGCAGCAGAAAAGAGGGGUGGCUUCACCUAGCAUGGUUUACCUGGGAGACACCAAGUCAUUUUUGGGAGAUACCAAGUUGUUUUUGGGAGAUGCCAAACUCUAUGGAGGGGGGAGAGCAGGAGGAACUGCCGCAGGAGGAGGGGAGAAGCAGAGCCAGACCCCCCCUCAACAGUUUGCAGGUGGAGGUGGAGGAACACAGGAGGGGAAGGGAGGCGCCACAAAAGAGGAGUCCCAAUCCUUGCUGAGGCGGCGCAGAGGUAGUGGGGUUUUCUGCGCCAACUGCCUGACCACCAAGACGUCUCUGUGGAGGAAAAACGCUAACGGGGGCUACGUCUGCAACGCAUGCGGUUUAUACCAAAAACUACAUUCGACACCGAGGCCGUUAAACAUCAUCAAGCAGAACAACGGAGAGCAAAUCAUCCGCCGAAGAACCCGAAAACGCCUCAACCCAGAUCCACUCUCAUCGGAAAACCCCACCCCCAAGCAGCAGCGAAUCGCCAGCGACGAGCGCAUGAACGGGGAGGAGACGGACAGAAGCUGCUCGUCGGUAAAAAACCAACAGCCGUCCCCUCGCUCCCGCUCGCCCCGAUCCACUCAAGCCUUCUUAGCAAACCAAACGCUGGAGAUACACAGACGCAUGCCUCCUCUCCUCCUCCCGACUCAUCCUCCCCCAGCUAUGGUUGCCGAGAGCAACGGGGCCAUCUCCGAGGUAGGGGUAACAUCAAAAGUUGAGGGAGGAAAGGGGGGAGCGAGCUCAGAAAGAGGCAGCCCAAUCGAAAAGUACAUGCGUCCAUCGAAACCUUCUAGUUACUCACCUCCAGGGUCACCCAUUGAGAAAUAUCAGUAUCCACUUUUCUCGUUACCCCUCCCUUUAACUAUCUCACCGGAUCUGACACCCGAGUCCGACUGGCUCCGAUUCUGGACCAAAUAUAAGAUGGCAGCCACCUCCGGGGUCCCUGGGAGCAUCAGUAAUCUCAGCAGCCCAGGUGGCCUCAGUAAUAACGCCCACCAUCUGGGCACAAUGGUGACUCCUGUACAGUAUCAUCAGCAAAGCUACACGGUGCCUUACUGUGCCUCUCCCUACUCUCCCCUCCCACCUCCUCCAGCCCCUGCCUACCCCCCUCCUCAUCACACCCAGAACUCCACAGCCUCGUCAGAAAACGAGGUUCCUUUGGACCUUGCGAUACGGCAAAGAGAUCCAAGCGUUGCCGACACGCACAUGUCAACUAACGGCGCUGAGAGGAGACGACUGGGGUCGCCUCUAACCGAGAGGCUAACGGGGAGCUGUAAAGAAGAGAAAGAGGAGGAGGAGGAGGAGAUGACAGAUGAAGGAGGGAACCUAGGUGAGAACGCAGGGAAGGAAGUGCAAGAUGAUGCGAUAAGACGUCAAUCAAGUGCUCCGUCAAGUUUCACGAAGGUGGACGCAGCCACGCAGAACGACCUGACCAAUCACUGCGUCCACUGCGGGAUCUAUUUCCUGGAUGAGGUCAUGUAUGCCCUGCACAUGAGCUGCCAUGGCGACAAGGCCCCGUACCAAUGCGGUUUCUGCCUUCAUGUGUGCGUGGAUCGUUACGACUUCACCACGCACAUACAGAGGGGCUUACAUCGGCACGCAGACAAAACGCCGCAGCAGAAGGGUCAUUCGCGGGGCGGCAAGACUCCGAAUGCCACGGUGACACCUGAGCACGACUGUCCACGUGCGACAGACGACGAACAAAAAGAUGGAGAGGUCACGGGUAACGGUGAGGAAGUCAUAGAAACAUGUCAGGACGACCAAGAGAAGGAAAGUAUCGCCAGUGAAACCAGCAACUUUAAAACAGGUGCUGAAAAGGAAGUAAAGGGUGGAAACAAGGAACUGAGAGGCAAAACUGUAUCAGAUGUCAGUGAUGAGAUCUCUAAACCUACAGAGAUCUUGACUGUAGCAGAGUCUAAUAAGUUAGAUGGACUCCCCGAUGGAAACUAA